AUGGACCGGCAACGAAUCGCUCCUCGGUGGAUUAUCUUCUAUGUGUUUUGCUCUGUUUUCACACUUACAGACAGCCGGGUGGUUUACAACCUGCAGUCAACAAACUCCUUCGGGAUUUCUGGUGUCACCAGGCCUCAGCUGACGGCGUUGAAACAGCAGCCGAGCGCGCAGGUCAGUGCGCGUCGUCGGUCUGUGGAGGUCCGGUGCCAUCCUGAUUCCAUGGAGGUGGUGGUGCAGGCUGACAUGUUUUACAUAGGCCUCCGGGUGGACGGAGGACAUCUGCGGCUGGGCUCAGAUCCUCUGAGUGGUGGGAGUGAAUGUAGAGCUGUUCAAUCGGGGGAGGCAGAGUUCACCAUCCAGGCCCAGCUCAGCGACUGUGGGACCGAACUCUCAUCGACAGAGGAGAAGAUAAUUUAUUCCAAUGUUCUAGUCUACUCACCUGAGCCAUCGACUGAUGGUCUGCUCAGACUGGAUGGAGCCACUGUUCCAGUUGAAUGUCAUUAUGAAAAGAAGUACUCUGUCGACGGCAUGUCCGUGCAUCCCACCUGGGUUCCUUUCGUCUCCAUGACGGCAGCAGAAGAUCAGAUUGACUUCAGUCUGCUGCUCAUGACUGAUGAUUGGCGGUUUGAGAGGGGAUCUCAUAUAUAUUUCCUGGGUGACCCCAUUCAUUUGGAAGUCUCUGCCAUUCUUGGUAACCACAUGCCCUUGCGAGUGUUUGUUGACCACUGUGUUGCCACAGCAACUCCCGAUGCAGAGGCAACAUUAAGAUACGACUUUAUUGAGAAUCAUGGAUGUCUUGCUGAUGCUUACCUGACAAACUCCAACUCGCGUUUCCUACCAAGAGUGGAGGAACACAAGCUGAGAUUCCAGCUUGAUGCCUUCAGGUUCUACCAAGAGCCCAGCAAUGAGGUCUAUAUAACCUGCUACGUGAAGGCUGUUCCAGUCAAGCUGGCUGUCAGCUCUCAAAACAGAGCCUGCUCUUUGAUUGACAACAGAUGGCGGUCAAUCGAUGGGAAAGACGAGGCUUGUAGAAACUGUGAUCUGUCUUAUCGGAAUGAGGAGCCUCCAUCCACACAGCCUCCGAAAACUACCAGGAGUACCAGAGCACGGCCCACCACCACUUCACAAGAACAUUUAGUUCAGAAGAGAGCCGAGCAUGGUCCAGCCACAUAUAUCCAUUUCCGUCCAGGGACGUUCCAGAGCCGACACAGCAGGCCUAAACUAAUGAAGAGAGGAGCAGACCACGAAACGGAGCAAAUUGUCCAACUGGGUCCCCUCAUUGUGCUGCCAUCCGGUAAACCUGUCACGACAGAAGCUUCCAAAAUGCUACUUUCACCAAAGAACAACAGGUCCUGAGAGCUAGGAUACUAGAGUGGCGAGGAUGAGGGGAAAAACCAAAACUCUGCUGCCACAUACAGACCAAACAUGCAAUGGACACGGCAGACAACCCUGUGAAUGCAGAGAUUAACUUCCUCUUUCAGAUACCAUCUUGUUUGAAAUAAAGCUUUUCCUGCUAACUUUAUCAACUCUCUUUUAAAGCAAAAAAUGUCAUUCACUCAGUUUUGUUACAGCCUAGUUCUUGCAUUUUCUGUGUAAGUGGCAAAUCUUUCCUCCAAUAAAUAUUUUACAACAUUAAACUUGCUUUUUAGCAUCAUUUCAGCUGCUCCAUACAAAAAACAUGAAAACCCAGCAUCCUGUAUUCUUGCUCCAAGAAUCUGAUAUGGCUUUCGUGAGAAAUUUAAUUAGCAUUGGGUUUUCAUGCACUCAAACUCAUUAGAGCCAAGCAGCAGAAGUGGAUGUCAAGAGGAUGCAUGGUUUGUGUACUUUGAAACAAACACACAAUGCAUCCUUUUGACAGCUGUAAAGAUUCAGAUAACAUAAUACCAGUUAUUUUCAAUUCAGAUCUGCAGACAUGCUAUUAGGGAGCACUUCCUUCCAUUACAACCCACAACCUACUCAUGUAAUCAUUUUAUUGAUUAUCUGUGUGAAGGGUGCAUGGUGCAAUAUAAAAUGUUGGCUUUGCCUGCCACUUCCAGUAAACUGAUUAGUCACAGCUCUCUAGUAAACUCACUAUGGCAUAUUUGAACGUUUUUAGUGAUUUAACACAGAUUAAAGCAGUU